CAUAUUUAUAUAUAAUUUUAUAUAUAUAUAUAUAUAUAUAUAUAUAUAUAUAUACACACACACACAUAUAUAUAUAUACAUACACACACGCGCAUAUAUAGCAGACCCAUAUUUGAUCGAUUUGGAAUCGGUGUUUAUAUAGCAGCAACGACAGCAACACUUCUCUGAAAGCAGUAGCAGGAACUGCAGCAGCAUCAGGAAUUGUCUACGUCGUCAAGUCUUGUGGUGAAACUUUUAUCUCGAUUCCUUUCCACUCCCCACCCAAAAUACUCAAACAACAAAACCAACUCCCUUGACGAACGAAUGGGGCUCUGUAUUUCAGGGGUUUCAUCAGUGAUUGGUGUUCAAACGGAGGGAAUUAACUGUCUCGGACACGUGAUGAGUGAUCAGAGAAGGAUGCGAGGUGAAUACGUACGACGAAGAGUAGAAGAGGCUUCCAUGAACAACCCACCCAAUUCUGCCGACCCUGUCAUCUUGGUGACUGGAGGAUACGACCAUGGCAUCAGGUUUUGGCAUGCCUACAGCGGCGUGUGUAGUCGCACCGUCCAGUUCACUGAUUCUCAAGUAAAUGACUUAGAAAUAACUCCAGACAGGCAAUUUGUGGCUGGAGCUGGUUUCCAGCACAUUCGAAUGUUUGACAUCAAUUCCAAGAGUUCAAGUCCGUUAAUAGAUUAUGAAGGUUUAAGUAAGAAUGUUACUGCUGUUGGAUUUCAAGAAGAUGGUAAAUGGAUGUAUUCUGGUGGCGAAGACAUGACUACCCGAAUAUGGGACCAACGGUCUCGAAACCCUCAAAGUCAAAGGAUGUUUGCUGGGAAUGCUCCUGUGAAUUGUGUAUGCUUACACCCUAACCAGGGUGAGCUUUUUAUUGGUGAUCAGAAUGGUGUGAUUCAUGUGUGGGAUCUGAAGAGUAACCACAAAGAACCUUGUAUUCCGGAAUUGGAUGCUUCAAUCCAAUCCAUCUGUAUAGACCCAAUGGGAACUAUGAUGGCAUGUGUUAAUAAUAAGGGACGGUGCUAUGUCUGGUCUCUGAGUGGCAGCCAUAAGAGCGAGUGUUCAUUUCUCCAUAAACGAGCCGAGUUCCAAGCCCAUAAGCGAUACGCUCUUAAGUGUAUGUUCAGUCCUGACUCAACGCUCUUGGCCACGACUUCUGCUGAUUGCACUGCUGUGAUCUGGAAAACUGCUGACUUUUCAAAGUUAACAGAAUUGAAGGACAACACUCAGCGCUGGGUAUGGGACUGCGCUUUCAGUGGCGAUUCACAAUACAUAAUUACUGCUUCAUCAGACAAUGUGGCUCGACUUUGGAGCGUGGAGAGUGGAGAAGUUCGCAGGGAAUACAAAGGUCACCAAAAAGCCAUAAUCAGCCUGGCUUUUCGGGAUGAAGUAUUGUCUUAACUAUGUUGCAAGGCCUGCUAGUAAGGCAUGGCUGAUACCAGUUUAGUUGUUUUUUUUUUUUAUCUUUUCCACGGGGGUGCAAACCCAACUUGGCUACUAAAGAGAAGUUUAUUCGUGGAUGUGCACUUGACUGAUAAUUUGUUGUUCAGUCAUUUCCUGCACCCAUCAGACAUUUUAAUUUAAUUUUAUUUGUUUAUUAUUUUUUAAGAUCUUUUUUGUUUUUUUUUGUUUUUUUUUGUUUUUGUUUUUGAGAAAAUGAUGUUUACUUAAAGUCUGAACAAUUCUGUAACAAUGAAGGAGGACAAGGAUUUUUCCCCAGGAAUUGUUGCAACUGAAUUUCAUCGUUCCAUGGGUAAGAGUUCUAAAGAGCAGUGGAGGCAGUUGUUGGGGAGCUGGUUCCGAGGUGGAAACAACAUUUUUUUAAUACUUUUCUGUUUCUAUAUUUUUGUGUGUUUAUCUUCUCUUUAGUGGUGCUUGUUUCUGACCCUUAAUUUGCACUGCUGCGAUGCAAGUUGUGCAGCGUGGGAAGGUGAAAGGCAUUUCAAGCAUAAAUUAAGAGGAAUCAAAAUUUAAAAAGAAAUAUUUUUUUUUUAAUUUCAUAAAAUAAUUUUGUGUGUGUGUGUGUGUGCAUGUGUGUCUAUGUGUGUGGGUGGGUGGGUGUGUAUGUUAUUUAAUCUCUGGUUAGCCCCGUUUGAGCAGACCUAUGCACAAAGGCAUUCCAGAUAUGACCAUUGAAACUUUCUAGAAGUACCUUGGACUAAAUUAUCCAAUGUGUCCUUGGAUUUUUGUUUUUAGACAGUAGAGUAUAAUUUGAGAGAGAUUUGCUGCUAUUUCUAGCAGGUUUAAUAAUGCUGUAGAAGCUCCCACUGUGUUGAGCAAAUGUGACUGCUCAGAAACAUGUAUGGUAGAUACAGUAGACAGUUGCCUGUGUUGUCAUGGCAACUCACAGCAUUCAAGCAUUUACAAUGAUGUUUAUUAUUAUUAUGGAAAAAUGACACUUGAGUGUGAUGGAAACCGAUCGAUGAAAGAUGCAGAAAGUCAGGUUUGGCAGCCAAGUAGGAAACCUAUUUGAAGUGGUGGGGACACUUUUUGUACUAAGUUCAAUUUAAAAUAUGUACCAGUAAUAUAACUAGAACACUUGUGGUGAUGGUGGUGGUAAUUGCAUUGCUGGAGCUGGUAAAGUUUUACUUCCGCUGGCCCAACCCUUUGUCUAUAAAAAAAGUUUGGUGGUUUGGUGAUGAGUCCUUCUCAAAUGAAAUCCUUGUUAUCUCUUUUCAUCUCUUUACCACCAUCUUCUAACACUAUCAUCUGAUCAUCUGUCUCUAAAUCACGUUCGUGAUGGAUGGUUGGUGGGUGAUCAUAGUAGUAGUGACAGUAGUGGUUGUAGUUGAGGGUUGUGGCACUUUUGAUAAAUGAAAUUUAAUGUAAAACCAGAAACCAAAUGCUUGGAUCGACUGGGACUGAGUCUGUGUUAGGGGGGGGGGAGAAGAAGAGAUUUGGUGGUGGUUAUCAUUUCUCCUCAGCAGACAUACUCAGAAGUAUUCCAGCUGUGGCCAUUAAGGCUGUUAAGGGACUAUAUUGGACUACAUUAGCUAAUGUUCUCUUUAUUUAAGACAGUAGGGUUGAUUUGAGGGAGAUUUUGGUUCUAUUUCCCCUUGUCUCAUGUUGUUUGUGUCAAUUGAAGAUUGAUGUGGGGGCCUCCUCCACUUCUUCUUUCAAGUACAAUAAACUGAGCAGUUUACGUAUCUGUUACAUCGAGACAUUCUUGAAACGCUGUUGUGGGCUGAUUUCCAUGCUCGAAUAAAUAUAUUUCUCAUCCUCAGCAAUUGGUUGUGGAUUUUUGCAUAUAAGAGUGGAGAGUCUUUGUGUUCACCAGACAUGAUCCCCACCGUCACUUUAAUUGAAAGAAUGACACACUUGCAGUUAUUGGCUGAGAGAGGGAGAGAGAGAGAGAGAGACCAGUAUGUUGAACACCUGGAAUGCAUCUCAGGCGGACUCUGUCAUCUCCAUCCCAUUAACACUGAUGCCACAAACAAGCCAAUUCAGGCUGCUUGCAUGUAGGGGGCAAAGGAGCUGCUCUCUCAUAUUUAAGCACCCUUACCUUAACAAACUAAAACAUUGUUAAUAAUUGUUACUUGUGUCUCACACACACACACACGCUUCUCUUUUUUACCUGGAGCAUAUUUUGGAAAUGAUGUUUGGCUGAAGGAAGAAGUGAAAACAAGCAAAUAAAGACGAUAGUAGUGGGGGUGGUGAUAAUGAUAGAAAAAAAGUAACGUUACACACUAAAAUGUAAUUGAAUUGGUGGAGGUGACUUGUUGUUGUUUAAUCCCAGAUCAGUUCUCAUUGAAUAAAAAUCAAAAAUAUUCCAACCAUAUUCA